AUGCAGCAACCAACGUUAUUAGAAUUUGUUUUUCCACUUCAUGCCGCAAAGCAGAUAAAUCUGUUGGAAUUUCUGGCUAACGUUUCAUAUGAGAAUGAAAAAGAGGAUAGGGACGAGCAAGCAAGGGCUAUGUUUGAACAGUAUGUGCACGAAAUUGCCCAAAGAAAGGAAGGUAUUUAUCUGUUUGUUAAGACCACUUAGCCUUAUGAAUACUUCUCGGUAUUUUUUAAGCGCAUUUUCACCUCUGUUUGCCAAGAGUUUAGAGAAACCUGCUGAGACAUUUUUUAAUAUACAAGGAAACUAUACUAAAAACAGUGUCAUUAAGUAUUAUUAAAAUGUUUUAAUUUUUUGAGGUUGUUGUAAGCUAUUAUGAUUUUGGCUAAUUCUAGUGCCUAUACAUUGGUAAUUACAAAAAGCAUCAAAAAGGCAAAUAACACAGAGUAGAAAACCACUUAUUAGGGUGCAAAGAAAUCAGCUUUACAGCCUGCCAAUAAGGCAGGCUGUAGCUAGCGAGUACUAGCCUGAAAGUCAUAUCAAAUUAAUAGCCCCCAAAAGAUUAAUGAGCAGGAUUGGUUACAGUUUUUUCUGUAAUUAGAAUUCCCCUAAAAGGUUCGCAUGCCCAUUGGGCAAUUCAUGAACAGAAUUCACUAGCCCGAUGGCAGAAUUCUCUAGCCCCAGGGUAUCAGGUACUACUUUCUUUGCAUGCUGAUUUAUCUGCCUAGUAUAAUCCAUUUAUAGACAAAUUUAGAGGUUUACUGAUUGUCUUCAGUCGUGUUCUAUUUUAGUUUAAAUACGUGGCCCAUAAUGCCCAUAAUGUCUCCCUAGUCAACAUCGCGAGGAACAUCACCAAAUGUCCAUAAUAGGAAGAAGUCUGUCAAAUAAAAUGACUGAAGAACUACAGGGACUAACUUUAAGUAUGCAUUUUGGGGAGGUGUUAGUCUUAGCUGCCAGUUAAGAGAAAAUUGACUGUAGUCGACUGGCAGCAAUAUGCUCUUUCAAUUCGUAGGUGAAACUAGGUUGAAUGACUUGUGCUGUUCUGGACUGGCUGGGAUUUCCUUCCUCCUCGAAGAGACGUCUUGA